AUGUCAUCGCCCCAGAGCCAAAAGGUUGAUCUGCAGCAGGUCAAUCAGUUGUGGUCCAUGCUGGACGAGAUGCGCGAUAGUGAUCCGGAGAGCUACCGGACGUUCAUACAGCGCCAGCUGAAGGAAGGAGCGGAGUUCUGCUCCCCUCCCACACCUGACUCCUGCCUGCGUACCGUCAUACAGGAGCCAGAGGAGAGACUGCUUUACAUCAAUUUGUGCGCCUGGAAACGAGUCCCUGCCCCCCAGUCCAAGUCCCACCCCCUCCCUGUGAUUGGAGGAAAACUGGAAACGGUAGUUGAUGGCAACGAGACGUACAGCGUGCUGGACAUGGCGUUUCACCCAGACGUCUUGCAGAGGGUGCUGGAGAGCCGGCAGGAGAGGGAGCAGCUGCACCUCCUGGCCCUGAGCUUCGCCCAGGAGCAGCACGGUUUGCGUCUGUCCCAGGACUACAGCCUCCUCGGCACCAGGCUGAAGGGAAGCACCCAGAGCAUGAGACACCGCCUGGCCUCACCGCACCUGCCCCGGCCCUCCGACUCCACCCCCACCCCCACCGCCACUGCCACAGGCCCCUCACUGCUGCAGCAGAUCUCAUCCCUGCGGGAGGAGCAGGAGGAGAGCAGAGACAGCCCCUCUGUCCGCCUGACCCCGCAGCGCAGCGGUAACCCAGGGAAACCGCCCCUGAUCCAGGUCAUCUCCAGCACGCCGUCCGUCCUGCCACAGCGCCCGAAACACCGGCUCAGCAUCACCACCGGCGCCGCCGGGACGGCCAGGAGCGUGCAGCUGACAGUGGAGCUGCCCGGCGUGCGCUCCGUCAGCGAGUGCCAGCUCAGCGUCUCCCAGGAUGACGUGCUGCUGGAGGUGGAGGACAUGUACCACCUGCACCUGGAGCUGCCCGAGGCUGUGAGGGAGGACGACGCCAGCGCCGUCUUCAACAGGAAGAAGCGAGAGCUGUCCGUCACUGUGCCGGUGCUCUGAGUACGCCGUCCAUCACCACACCUGCACUGCGAACACGCUGCCAUCAGGGA